GGAGACCGGGCGGAGGUCUAUUCAAGUCAAGUUCUGGGUUACAAACAGGAGAGGGCAGCAACGCGUAAUAAAAUAAGUACGCUCAUAGUGAGCUGUGUUUAAAAGAUUCGUGCUAUAAAAAAAAAAAAAAAAAAAAAAAGAAGCGCUUUGUCUCUCUAGUACAGACUGAAAAGCACUGCACCCUAAACGCGACAGAAAGACCAAGCUGGCUCUGAGGGCAGGAGAAGGAGCCAUAUAAUAAGAUUUUGGGCUACUAGGCACAGAAAUAGCUUAUGAUGGCUAUGUAAAGGCUAUGUGGCAGGGGAGCGCAGGGAGCAGAUUUUUGAAAGCACCAGGGGAUAGUGAGAGGACGACAUCUGGGUGAUGGAGGGAAAGGUACUUUGCCUUGUCCGUGAAAACGAGAUUUGGAUUCCCCCAGCUGGUCCAAGCUGAACCGUUUCCACGGGACGCGAUCGCUGGAAAGCGGAUUUGUCACGUUGCGCAGGAUGACGGGACAUCAUCGGUUUGCAGCGCCGCAGAUACACAAUUGGAAUUUGAUGUACGCAAGAAGGGCCGAGACGCAGGCUAGAACCACUCUCUGAACUCUCUGGAGGAUGCCAGAUUGCAUGAAAAUAAAUCAGUUUGUUCGUGACGGUGAAGGUACCUAAGCGAAAGGUUCAGCCGCCGUUUCGCGCAGACCUGCGCGCUUGAGUGGUCCCUUGUGAAGGAGCCAUCAUGAUGUUUCUGCGAUGCCACAGGAGCAAGUCCGUGUGGGCCGCCCUGUGUGUGCUCGUCCUGUGCUGGCUCUACAUCUUCCCGGUGUAUAGGAUGCCGAGCGAUAAGGAGAUAGUGGACGAGGUUCUGCGACAGGGCCAGACGUGGAGGAGGAACCAGACCGGAAUCGAUCUGUACAGGAAACUGCUUACAGAAUGCUGUGACCCUAAAAGGAUGUUCGCAGUUACCAAGGAGAACUCCCCGCUGGGCAAGGUUCUGUGGUAUGAUGGCGAGUUAUACCAUUAUCACACAGUCAACAAUGAGACCUACCCGUUCUUUGUGCAGGAUAUUCCCCUGCAGCUUCCCCUGAAGAAGUGCUCAGUGGUGGGGAACGGAGGGAUGCUGAAGAAUAGUGCCUGUGGCAGAGACAUUGACCAGGCCGACUUUGUCAUGAGAUGUAACCUGCCACCACUGUCCAAAGAAUAUGUUAAUGAUGUAGGUACGAGAACCCAUCUGGUAACAGCCAACCCAAGUAUUAUAGAGAAAAGCUUUCAAAACCUUCUCUGGUCACGGAAGGCCUUUGUGGAGAGCAUGAAGGCUUAUGGCUCCAGCUACAUCUAUAUGCCUGCUUUCUCUAUGAAGCCAGGGACCGAUCCCUCUCUGCGGGCCUACCAUGCCCUGGCCGACUCUGCCUCCAACCAGACCGUGCUCUUUGCCAACCCAGACUUCCUGAAGAAAGUGGGCCACUUCUGGAAGAGGCGGGGUGUGCACGGCAAGCGCCUGUCCACGGGCCUCUUCCUGGUCAGCCUGGCCCUGGGCCUCUGUGACGAGGUGACGGCCUACGGCUUCUGGCCGUUCGCCACAGGCCUGGAUGAGCAGCCAGUCAGCCACCACUACUACGACAAUGUGCUGCCGUCGUCGGGCUUCCACGCCAUGCCCGAGGAGUUCCUGCAGCUGUGGCAGCUGCACAAGAGCGGCACCUUGCGCGUGCGUGUGGGCCCUUGCGUGCACCAUGUUGAUGAGUAGGGGGCAGGGCUGUUCGUCCCGAGUGACCACCCUGGUAUUUUGGUCUCUUUUGAGGCAUAAACCACUGUCAACUGUCCUUCAGAUUAACAUGAGAAUGGGAGGGAGAGUGGGGGUACUGAGACCACCCUUAGUGUGUGCUUGAUCCUUGUGGAUGAAUGCUCAAUACUCUUGCCUAACAUACACCCAAAUACACACACACACACACACACACACACACACACACACACAUACAUACACACACACCUCCUUUUCUGUUUCCAAAGGACUAUCAUUAAGAUCUGAAAGGAUGGCCAACUGCACAGGUUCCCUGCACGUUGGCUGAGGAUGGAGAUGCAGGGGCAGAUGGGAGUCGUAGUUUAAAGCUGUAGCUGCGUUCGUUGCCACUCUAUUUCUGGACCUCCUAGGGCUUUUUGUUCAAAGCCAGGCAGGCGGACGGGGGUGGGGACUUCAACAGGCCCUGAGCAGAUCCAGAAAAGGAAGAAGGCGCAUGAUAAAUAGAAUUGGUGCCAAGGCAACGGAGAGGCACAGUCAGGGAGAGCAGGAUCGAGAUGAGAACUAAAAAUGAACAUGGCAGCUCAGAUAUUUACACGGUUCUGGGUUUCGGCUGCCAUAUCCCCAGAGUUAAAUAUUUUGGGUGUAUAGAAUGAACCGACAAGUGACGGACUUAUGUACAUAAAGGUCUAUUUAACAUUUUGUGAAAUGAAUGUACUGCAAAUGCACUGCUGUAAACUACAGUUUGAAUAUUCUUCCAUCACAUCAGUCAUUUAUUUUCUUGGUCCUGGAAUGUAUUCCAUAUGUAAACAUUAUCGGCGCUGGCUUUCUCAGUGCUGGUCAGCCUUGUGAUUUUUCUGGAUGUAAAGGCAGUCACUUUAGUAUUUUACUUUAUGUCCUAUCACUGUAAACCUUUUGCAUAUAGAGGUUGUUUUUUUCUUAGUCUCUUGAACUGGCAUCAGACUUGUCACAAAGCAAACAGAGAACAUGCUUAGGGCCAAUAUUUUGGACAUGAAUUAAGCCUAGCCUGGACGAAACUGCAGUAACAUAAGUAAAUAGCUCUUCAAAAUAGUUUAGGCUUUUUUGUCUAGAGUUAGGCUUAAUCUGCAUCCAGGAAACUGGUCCUUAACGUCUUGUAGGUGCUAGGUCUAGCAAGCUACUCCUUUGAAAACCCAAUAUAGUUAUACAGAUUUUUUUAUUAGCUACAUUAUAAUGACUAUAUAAGGUGCCUGUAGGUCUGGUGAGUGUCCAGAGGUAAAGGGGACAGAGGCAAUGAUCAUUUGACUACCACAAAGAUGAGUAACACAAAGAAUGGAAUCCAUACACUGUGGUAUACACAAACACUACCAUAGCAAACAUGAAAGGGGGUGGUAUGUUGGAGAAAGUGUGAGUGUGUGUUUGUGUGUGUGUGUGCAUGGGGAUUUUUUCCUUGCCCAUGGGCGAGAGAAUCGGGAGGCUUGGAUGCUGAAAGACGGAUUACUGUAGAGCACUCAUAGUCUAGUCCAAAAAUAAGAAAUAGAAAGAAAAAUUCCACAACAUGCUCAUGCGACAGGUCAGGCUUAUGAAAUCCAUCCUCACAGUCUGUGCAUCAUUUUCUCACAUUCCUGGAGAGCUAGUGUGCCUUUUUUAAAUGUAAGAUGAACAAAACAUGUAAACAAGGCCAAGGAAGAAUGCUUUGUCAUCAAAGAGAUACUGGCUGCAUUGUAUAAGAACUAAAUAUUUAUCUUGCUUUCAUUCUUGCCCGUGCCAGAGAAUUUUCCAUAGUGGUAUUAUUGGUGGGUGAUGUAUCAGAUUCGUCCGGUUUCAGGGAAACAGCAGUGGAUGUUUAAAUGGGUCUUAUAACAAGCUGGGUGCAGAAGGACCAAUGUGAGUUUAAUACAUUGGGAUGUUGCUUUAAUACAGUGGUUUCAAUAUGUUGCUUUAAUGUUGCUUUCUUGCCGAUUAACGGCAUUUUCUUACUCCUUCACUCACAAAAGUUAAAAAUUAGUAAACUUUUAAAGAGA